UAUGCCUGAUACAGUCCCUUAAUAUAGAGCCUAAACAUUUCCAAACCAGGCCACGUGGCGGACAGAUACACGAUUCCUGAGUGUAUGGAAGAAUCGUACACCGUUGAUCUCCGGCUCGCCGCUCCUAUUUCGAACCUUGCGAAUAGCAGUCAUAUCAGAUUCAGCCAGAUUGUUGAACUUAAGCCACAUACCCCGCAGACCCCGUUAAUAACUUAUGAUUUACGAAAUUUUCUACUAAUCGAACUCUGCGCAGAGUAAAUUAUCCGAGCUCCUCCAAUGGUGCAGAAAAUUGUGGAGUUCGCUUUUUAUUUACGAAACCGGGGUAGAAAAUCUCGUCACAAAAUAAUUAAAAGGACUUUAUUCGAAUCUGCGGGGUCACGGCAUCGAUACCUCGCAAAUCUACCGAACUCACUCGAAUUUGUGUGAAUUUAGUAAAGAGAUACCUCAAAUUCGACGGGGUUCUUGUAAUUUAUUCCGAUUUCCAAGACACGGAGCUGUGCUGGGGAAAUUUGUAUUAUUAUACUAUAAUUUUCUGGAAUUUGAAUGUUUUGAUAUUCAUUGGAUUUCAAAACUACAUUUAACUACAGAAUUUAUAGGAGACAUAAUUGUAUUGCUGGAAUUUGUUAGCGUGUAAGGAUUUUGAGUACAUAGAUGGCUAUCGAAGAAAAGAAAGAUACAGAGCAGUUGCUUUUAGAGUCUCAGACCAACGUGAAGGGGGAGUAUGUGUGGAAUCCUUCACGACCUUCGUCGGAUUUUGAUUGGAAUCCAUCCAGUUUGCAUGUGAAAAGCUUCAAGAGAACCAUAAGGACACUACAACUGGACCAUUCACAUAAAUGGUGGAGUCUUGUUUCAUGGAUUGUAGGAUUUGUGAUGAUAUUGGUCAUUCCUAUACUUCGACUUAUUUAUGUAAAACCUGCAGACAGCAAGGCUCGUCAUCAGCUUGUAUUUCAGCCUGUUGUGGUGGUGGUUGGAAUUCUUAUAUCUGCUAUAUCCUUCAUAUUUUUGAGCCAGUCCAUGCGGAAAUAUGGUAUUCAAGGAAUUCUCUUCCUUGAUAUUGCAGCAGAUGAAAGGUCAGAUAUACGGGAAGAAUACAAUAAAAUCAUUCAGCGUGGUGCAACUCAACUUGCGAAGCUGUUUAUUCCAGCUCUUGUUCUGUAUAUGCUUCAGAAAUGUUGGUUUUACAUAGAUAUUCCCCUUGCAUCUUUGCCUUGUUUGAAUAGUGGAACAGCAACUAUUGUUAUAAUCGCUGUAUCGGUGGGAAUUUCAUGGGUGUUCCAAACGACAACUUUUUUGUAUGCCUGCAUCUUGUUUUGGAAGGUCUGCUUUCUACAAGAGCUGAAAAUGAAGGUUUUCAAGGACUCGCUACUACAAGGGUAUGAUCCUGAGUUUUAUUACAACAAAUAUACUGAGAUAAUAAAAUGUCUCCAGUUCACAAGUCGGCGGUUCAGGCUAUUUUUAGCCCUAACUGGUUCUAUUACAGUGCUUUCAGCAUUGGCUUCAAUGUAUGAAGUAGUUGCCCAUCUUAAAGUAGUCGGCAUUUUUAUGUCAGGAGAACUGCUGGUUCUGAAUAUGGUCAAUCUAACUGGGAUUGGCCUCUGCUUGAAAUCAGCUUCAAAAAUUUCCCAUUUGCAUCGACGCAUUGUAAAAUUGGCCUCUUCAAUGCAUGCAAAAUCUACAUUUGCAGCAUCAAAGGGAUACAUUUUAUCAGCAGGAAAAGAUGAGACCUUUGAGUUCCAAGAAAAAAUGGAAUACUUCUGUCAAGUACAGGAUGCUUGGUCCCAACGAUCUGCUCUUGUUAAUUUUCUUUCCAAUAAUAGUGCUGGAAUAUCAUUGUAUGGCUUUGUACUAGACCGCUUUUUUGUUCAUACAAGCAUUGGCGCUUUGUUGACUACUACAUGGUUUCUCUUGGGUCGAUCUCUAAGUAGUUGAGAAGGCUGUAACUUUGAGCAUGUAGUUAGAUUAGUGAGGCAUGGUAUGCGUCCGAGCUCUUUUGUCCAUACAAGCAUUGGCGCUUUGUUGACUACUACAUGGUUUCUCUUGGGUCGAUCUCUGAGUAGUUGAAAAGGCUGUAACUUUGAGCGUAUAAUUGGAUUAGUAAGGCAUGGUAUACUUCCGAGCUUCAUGAGGAGAUCAAAACCCAGGAAGGUGCCAAUUUGAGGCAAUAUAUAUAUCUAUAAAUUAAAAAGAUUUUAUUGUUCUCAGGAGGGGGAUUUCAUAUGCCAAAUUGGUGUGCUGAUGUUUAUCUAUCUUAUAAGGAACAGAUUCAACAACUCAUUAAAGGAUGUUGAAGGCAUGAUUUUUUUUCCUUUUUUUCUGGCAUUUGGUUUCAUGUUGUCUGUAUAGAUUGUGUACUAUCAGACUUGCUAUAUGAUAUUUGUUAUACACCUACGUAUGUUGAUACUUUCCUUGGUUUCA